GCCUUGUUGAUUUUGAUACCGAAGGUGAAAAUGGAGGUCGAAGAAAUUGGAGGACCUGAGCUCAAAAGAAGAAAACAGGCUCAGAUGGAUAAGGAAUCAGAGCAGCCAUCUUCUAUCUACCAGGGAGAAGUCACUAUGGUAUCUCCAAAUGUUAUUUACCCGUCAAAAAAUUGGCUGUUUCCGGCAUUACUCUUCUUUAGGGUCAUCAAUGCUGUGGUGAUCCAGACAUUUUUCGUCCCGGAUGAAUUUUGGCAAGGACCUGAAGUAGCCCAUAGAAUUGCAUUUGGAUAUGGAUAUUUGACGUGGGAAUGGAAAGAGGGUCUUAGAGGCUGGACUUAUCCUUUGAUCUUUGCAACAAGCUACAAGUGCUUAGCCCUAUUUGGGAUUGACACCGCCAAGUUCCUUGUUGUCAUUCCUAGGGUGUUGCAGGCAUGUUUUGCGUCGUGUGGCGACUUGUUUUUGUACAAAUUAGCAGCAAAGAGGUUCGAUGUACAAACUGCUCGAUGGACACUUAUCUGCUACUUGAUCUCGUGGUUUACACUUUACUGUGUGACUAGGACGCUGACAAAUUCCCUAGAAACCGUGUUGACAACAAUAGCACUUUAUUACUGGCCUUGCGGCAGCAAAAAAGAUAGCUUUAAACAAGUGUUCAGAGCUCUCUGUAUUGCAGCGUUUUCUUGUACUAUCAGACCAACAGCUGCAGUCAUGUGGAUUCCAUUGUGUGCUUUUUAUUUAUUUUCAUCACCAAACAAAUUAUCAUUUAUUAUUAACUGUAUUUUUCCCAUUGGAUGUCUGGCUAUUUUAUGGUCCCUCAUUGUGAACAGUUGGUGUCAUGGCACAUGGACACUGGUGGAACUCAACUUCAUCAAAUUUAAUGUUAUUAAUGAUAUGGGAACAUUUUAUGGAAGUCAUCCAUGGCACUGGUAGGUAAAAUUUGGACACCUCUAGCUUGGAGCAGUUCUUUCCUUCAAUAAAGGAAAGGGAGCUCUUUUUGUAGAAUACAAUAUGUGAGUUGUUCUUCAAAAAUUAUGCUUCUGCCUUGGCUAAUACCUGCAUAUUUCACAGGUAUUUCACCCAAGGAUUUCCUGCUGUGAUGUUUACACACUUGAUUCCAUUUGUUGGUGGUGUUUACAAAUCUUCCCAAAGGCAGCAAACCUUGACUUUUCUAAUCUUGUGGAGCAUCGUUGUCUACAGGUUUGUUGCAAAUGGAAAGAGAACCCGAAAUCUUUCUUUUUUAAAUAAGAGCAAAAACUUUUGUGAUAAUAUUUUGUCAACCUCUGAACACCUGGUGAUGAAAUAUUGGGGGUGUUUGGUACAGACUGUUCUGAGUGAAAAGUGCACCAUCCUGAUUUUCUGCAGCAUUUGAAUUAUUAGUCAGUAGGAUCAGUUGUAUAGUUAAAUACCAGAUUAUAAUAAAAACUAUUGUUUUCCUCUUUUUUCCAGUUUCUUGGGACACAAGGAGUUUAGGUUCAUUUUUCCAGUGGUCCCCUUAGCCAUGUGCUACUGUGGUUUCUUUCUAAGUUUUCUUUCUGGGUAUCAGUGUGAGAAAAAGGAUAAUGCAUUUAGUUGUGGUUUUUCAAGGAAGAUGAAAUCUGGUUGGAAAGCAAAGAUAAUGGUACUAUUUCUAGCGCUAACAAACAUUCCAUUGGCUAUAUACACUAGCACUGUUCACCAAAAGGGAACUACUGAUGUCAUGGAGUACAUUCAAAUUGAAAGCUCCAAACUGAGAAGUGUUAAUGACAUGUCUGUAUUAUUUCUGAUGCCAUGUCACUCGACACCAUUUUAUAGGUACAGUACUGUUUUUAAUUUUGAUGAUUGCUCCUGUGAAACUGUUUUCAGCUUUUUUUGUACAUGUAUUUGCUUUCCUUUUCUUUAGUAUCUAACUACCUCAUUCCAAGCUUUAGUUCAAGGAAGAUGACUGAAAAAUAGGAAGUUCAAAAAAUUUUUUUUGCAUGCAAACAAGAUAGGAUCCACUAGGUUACAAACUUCAUUGUUUUUCUCAUUUACCUCCUUGUAAUUCACUCUUCUCCAUGAAUUGAAAGCCUAACACAAUAAACAGAUUUGACCCAUGACAGUAGUUACGAAUUACUGGGAAUUACUGUUCAAACUAGGUACAACAUUAUAAAAGUUUUCAUGACUUCAAAAAGGAAUUUGAUCUUGUUGGAAAGGUUACAUAAAGGCAAGAUGUCGAAUCUUGAUGUUAAGGUAAUUUACCUUGUAGGGGACAACCUUGUCCUAUUGUGAAUUUACCUGCCUUCAGCAAAUUGUUAAAUAAAUAAACUUGCGAGAAAAUACACAGUUUCUGAGCAUCAGAAUGCAAAGAGAACAUAGUAACACUCAUAAGGAGUAGAUUGAAUCUAACUGAAUCAGAAGUUUAUGUCCUACUUCAUCUUUGGUUGUGGAUGAAUAUAAACCUAAUAACUCAUUAAAUAACAGGGUUUUUUAUAGUUUUGUACACAGAAACAUAAGCAUGAGGAUAUUAGAAUGUCCCCCAAGUGAUGAGGCAGGGUACAUUGAUGAAGCUGAUCAGUUUUACAGAAAUCCCACAAUGUGGCUAUCAGAAAAGUAUGGACUCUCUUCAGGUCAUCAGGAUCAGCUUCAAUUUCCUACACACAUUGUCCUGUACAAUGUGCUUUUACCUGUUAGUUGAUCUUUCUUUACCAAACUUGUACCAUUCACUUAGUCUUACAAUUUUAAAUGAAACAAGUCUAAAUUUAUCUUGGAUGAAAAUCAGGUAAGACAAUGAUUCUUGCAGGUGAGCUGCAAUUCGCAAUUUUAGUAGUUGCAGAAAAAAGCCUGGAAAGAUUCAAGUUUUGAUGAGAUUCAAACCAUGCCUCCCAGAUUCUAGUUUAGUACUACUACCAACUGAGCUACAAGACUUCUUGUUGGGUGUCAUCAUCUCUUCUCCCCAACCCUUGUUGAUUUGUAGUCUUGUAAAAAUUCCCAAUCAUUAGCAAACAAUUACUUUUUGUUCCACCAUACAGUAAAUUACCACCAACGGCAGUAAUACUGCCAACCAAAAACUCCAUUUAACCUGUAGGAGUGACUAUCAUUUAAAUUCUCCCUAUAUUAUCACCCCUGAAUCACACAUUAAUGUGAUGAGAAUAAUUAAAAUGAUCACCAAUUAAAGAAACUCUUGAUUGUCAAACAAACUCUCCUUGUCAGCACUUUAGGAAAUAUACAGAGAACAGUAUGGAGAAUAUAGGUACUGAUAUUAGGGUGUUAAGGGUUAAUUUAGCUUUUAGUCUGCCAGUAACCAUUGUUCACUUUUUGUACCUCCUUUUUCCAUAAUUUUGUUGUUGUUUUGUUUUUACUUGUUACAGACUCUUUGUUUUGUUCAUUCAUAAUUUAGUGUUUUUUUUCCUCAUAGGAUGUAAGGAACUGGUUGGGAAAUUUUCAUUUCAAAGAGGUAACAUUGUUUGACAACUACACUUUUUUAUUGUAAUCUUAAGUCUUAGAUACUUGUAGUAAUAAUCAGUGGUUAUAUAUUUUAGGGUUUUGCCUUGAUCAACAUUCUAAAAUUUAUACUUUAUUGCCUGGUGAUGUUAAACUGCCUCCCUCACUUUAAAUGAUUUGAGGUUUCUCAUUAUGAUGGAAGAUAUAAGUAAUGACAUAUCAAUCAAAUUAUUGCAUCAAUUUGGAUUUUUUUUCAAUCUCCUACCACUGACAUUAAAUAAGAGAUGGCAGCCAUUUUUUUUUGCUAAGGAAAUGUUGAGCAUUAGCUCGCCAAAAUUACACCUACUUUGCAGGCUAACCAUUCACAAGAACAUAUGUUCUGCAUGAUUGUUUAAUCUUAAGCAAGGGUUAUAAAGAUAAACUUUGAAAGCCACAUUUCAACCAGUGAAAUUUGUUUUGGUUUUUUCUGUUGCAGUGUGCAAGAUUCUUUCACACCCAUUUCCCAGAGGGUCGCAUUGGAUCUGAAGUAUUGGUGUACUGUAUCAGAACACAUAGCUAACAUCAUAUCAAAUGAAAACUUUUUGAAUUUAGUGCUUUGUAUUGUGUGCUCUCCUCUUGUUUGGGUUUUUUUUUCUUUACAUAAUGAACAUAAAAAAGAAUGAGUUGAGGGGACAGCUGUAAACAGGCCACAAGUUAGAGUUUUGUAUUUUUGUGCUCCAUGUGCAGGAACUAGAAAAAAAAUAAAAUAUCCAGCCAUUCUAAACAUAUAUUGUCUCCAAACCCUCUGAAGUUUUAGCAGUGAGAUGUUAACACUUUAACUGUCUCAAUUUUUGUUCUGAACAAAAGUAGUUGGCAAAAUCACUGACCCUUUGAACACCUAGGCCUGAUCUUUUACUUGAGGCCAAAGAGGACAACAGUAUGGAGUACAGGGGAAUUUUUUUUCUUUUUCAGGUGAGCCAAGGCAAACAUUAGGCAGGAAAAAGAUGGGG